AAAGGUGGAGAGGGUGGAGAGAGAGAGUUCGACGCGCGCGACCGCCCCACAGUCGCAGUCACGUGACUAACCUGAAAGUCGCGUGGAAGUAGCCUCAUAGUCGCAGCGCUCACUCGACGAAGGGGAGCUAGGACUGGAGUAUUGCUUUGCUCCUCCCGAAGGAUAUUGUCAUUGUGAGACAAGUUUCUCGUUGCCGGCUGUCCCCAACUACAUGACUGCUACUUGAAACACUAGCCAUCAACCAUCGCCCUUGUCCAGUUGUGGAGGGUGUCCCUUUAUUUUCAAGAAGAAUGAAAAUGUCGACAGACUGUUCUAAUGUGGUACAGACAUCGGAAAUGGAAAGCAGCAAAGAGUAUCCUGAUUACUGCAGAACAAUUACCUUUACAGAUAACAACGGGAUUCUACGAGAACUUGUCUUUCCCAAAGCUCUUGAUCUUGACCGACCGAAGCGCGCACGUACGACCUUUUCUCGAGAGCAGCUGGAGCGGCUGGAAGCAGAGUUCAACCUCAACCAGUAUCUGGUCGGCAGAGAGCGUUCACAGUUAGCGCUCGACCUCGGGCUCUCCGAGACACAGGUGAAAGUGUGGUUCCAGAACCGCCGCACGAAACACAAGCGUGACAGAGAGCGCGAGGAGGAGAGGCGGCAGGUGGAGGCCGAGUCCCUUGCCACCAAAAGUCUGCUACAGAUACUCCAACCCACGCAAGACUCACCAACGGUGUGCACCAACGGACCCUCCGUGCAGGGACUCAUGCGUGUGUCUGCAGGUAGCGUUGCGGCCUUGGCACCUGUGGCGCGUGGCUCUUUGCUGGGAGCGCAGACGGGGUCUGUGCGUGUCCACCAAGCUGCUGCUGCUGCAUGUCACACGCACGCUAGGCAUGUGGACUACAGGGUGCUCAACAUUGGAUCAGCUGGAUGCGGGAUAGACCCGUACUUCCAAUGCCAGCCCCAGUACUGCCAAAUGCCCCAUGUGCGGGUGCCUGCGCCUAGCGUUCGUUAUCAGAUGUAUCCGUACAUGUCACAUGGCAUGACAUGAUGAGUAAAUGUGCGGGGUUCAGAUUGAUUCUUCGUCAUCGUUUUCGACUCCUUUUGUUUUCUUUCCUUAUAUUCUUGGUUUGUAAGAGCUUUUCUGUUCAUUUUUUUCUGUUUAAUAUUUUUUUAACUUUCCUGCUGUCCUCUAGUAUAUUCAUUAGUUGUCCUCCAAUAGCACACAUUUUGUGAUUAGCAUUCCUAACAAAUUUCAGUUAGGAGCAGUUUCAGAUCAAAUAGGCACAGGUUGUAUACGGGAAAAAAACUAUUUUACCAAUGAACAUUUCAGUGGCAUUGGACAGUGUCAUUGCUGCAGGUUACAGUUAAAGGGAGGGUAUUCUUGAUUUUUGCUAAGCUCUUAAAGACCUAGGGAUUAGCUUCCCCUUAGUCUUAGAAUUUGUUUUAAGGAGUGCAUUUCCUAAACAUGCUUAUAAAUUAAUGUAAUUAAAUGUAAUUAAUUGCUGAUAAAUUAUGUUACUUUGUUGUACGUUAAUAUUGCAUGGUUUUUCGAGAAUAUUACGUUCACAAUCGUAAGAAAUUAUGUUGUUACUUGCGCAUGAAUGUCGGUCAGUCUGUGUUUUGAUUUUGUUUUUGUUUGUUUGUAAAGGGCUAUGAGCCAGUCCAUAGGACCAGAACAUAAAUUCGCUGUGUU